AGUUUCCUCCGCCGCUGUCGGGGGUGCAGAGCUGAGGGGCUCGUGCAGGCGCGCCGCGCAGCUCCUCUCCGGCCGCCCGCCUUGCUCUCCUCCGCGCCGAGGGCUCGGCCGGGCGCCCCUCCUCAGCCGCACCGGGUCUCCUUGCCGCGGCCUGUGCUGCCCGCGGCCGGCUGGCAGCUGAGGCGGCGCACGGUCGCGGCGCGGCGGGAGACUCGCAGCCCCUCGGGUGGGCUCGGCGAGGCCGGGCCGCGUGCGGCGGUUUCUGGGGGAGGGGGCUCGGGUGAUUCAGCGCCCGGUCAGGCGGAAGCGGCCGCAGCCGCGGAGGACGAGAAAGAGGAGGGGACAGCUGUCUGCGCCCGGGCGCCUGCGGUGGCACGAGCCCGCGGCCCGAGUGCGAGGCGGAGGCGAGGAGGCCGCGGGGACGCGAGGCGAGGCCGGCCGGGGCCCCCGCAGCCAUGGAGAACGCUCACACAAAGACGGUGGAGGAGGUGCUGGGCCACUUUGGCGUCAACGAGAGCACGGGGCUGAGCCUGGAGCAGGUCAAGAAGCUCAAGGAGAGAUGGGGCUCCAACGAAUUACCGGCUGAAGAAGGAAAAACCUUGCUGGAACUUGUGAUUGAGCAGUUUGAAGACUUACUAGUUAGGAUUUUAUUGCUGGCAGCAUGUAUAUCUUUCGUUUUGGCUUGGUUUGAAGAAGGUGAAGAAACGAUUACAGCCUUUGUAGAACCUUUUGUAAUUCUGCUUAUAUUAGUAGCCAAUGCAAUUGUGGGUGUAUGGCAGGAAAGGAAUGCUGAAAAUGCAAUAGAAGCCCUUAAGGAGUAUGAGCCUGAAAUGGGAAAAGUGUACCGACAGGACAGAAAGAGUGUGCAACGAAUUAAAGCUAAGGACAUCGUUCCCGGGGAUAUUGUGGAAAUUGCUGUUGGUGAUAAAGUUCCUGCCGAUAUAAGAUUAACUUCCAUCAAAUCUACAACUCUAAGAGUCGACCAGUCAAUUCUCACAGGUGAAUCUGUUUCCGUCAUCAAGCACACUGAUCCUGUCCCUGACCCACGAGCUGUCAAUCAAGAUAAAAAGAACAUGCUCUUUUCUGGUACAAACAUCGCUGCUGGGAAAGCUAUGGGAGUGGUGGUGGCAACUGGAGUUAAUACUGAAAUUGGCAAGAUCCGAGAUGAAAUGGUUGCAACUGAACAAGAGAGAACACCCCUGCAGCAGAAACUGGAUGAGUUUGGGGAGCAGCUUUCCAAAGUUAUCUCCCUCAUCUGCAUUGCAGUCUGGAUCAUAAACAUUGGGCAUUUCAAUGACCCAGUUCACGGGGGCUCCUGGAUCAGAGGUGCCAUCUACUACUUUAAGAUUGCCGUAGCCCUGGCUGUUGCUGCCAUCCCCGAGGGUCUGCCUGCUGUCAUCACCACCUGCUUGGCUCUUGGAACUCGUAGGAUGGCAAAGAAAAAUGCUAUUGUUCGAAGUUUGCCUUCUGUGGAAACCCUUGGUUGUACUUCUGUUAUCUGCUCAGACAAGACAGGCACGCUUACCACAAACCAGAUGUCAGUCUGCAGGAUGUUCAUUCUGGACAAAGUUGAAGGAGACACUUGUUCCCUUAAUGAGUUUACCAUAACUGGAUCAACAUACGCACCGAUUGGGGAAGUGCAUAAAGAUGAUAAGCCAGUGAAAUGCCAUCAGUAUGACGGACUUGUAGAGUUAGCAACUAUCUGUGCUCUGUGUAAUGAUUCUGCUUUGGAUUAUAAUGAGGCAAAGGGUGUGUAUGAGAAAGUUGGAGAAGCUACAGAGACUGCUCUCACUUGCCUGGUAGAGAAGAUGAAUGUAUUUGAUACCGAACUGAAGGGACUAUCUAAAAUAGAGCGUGCAAAUGCCUGCAACUCGGUCAUAAAACAGCUGAUGAAGAAGGAAUUUACUCUAGAGUUUUCACGUGAUAGAAAAUCAAUGUCUGUCUAUUGUACACCAAAUAAACCAAGCCGGACAUCCAUGAGCAAGAUGUUUGUGAAGGGUGCUCCUGAAGGUGUCAUUGACAGAUGUACCCACAUCCGAGUUGGAAGUACCAAGGUCCCCAUGACUCCUGGUGUCAAACAGAAGAUUAUGUCUGUCGUUCGGGAGUGGGGCAGUGGCAGCGACACGCUGCGGUGCCUGGCUCUAGCCACUCAUGACAACCCACUGAGGAGAGAGGAGAUGCACCUGGAAGACUCAGCCAACUUCAUCAAGUAUGAGACCAAUCUGACUUUUGUUGGCUGUGUGGGCAUGCUGGACCCUCCCAGGAUCGAAGUGGCCUCUUCUGUGAAGCUGUGCCGGCAAGCAGGCAUCCGUGUCAUCAUGAUCACUGGGGACAACAAGGGCACUGCUGUGGCCAUCUGUCGCCGCAUUGGUAUCUUUGGGCAGGAUGAGGAUGUGACAUCAAAGGCUUUUACAGGACGGGAGUUUGAUGAGCUCAGCCCCUCAGCCCAGAGAGAUGCCUGCUUGAAUGCCCGCUGUUUUGCUCGAGUUGAACCUUCCCACAAGUCUAAGAUUGUUGAGUUCCUUCAGUCCUUUGAUGAGAUCACAGCUAUGACUGGUGAUGGUGUGAAUGACGCCCCUGCUCUGAAGAAAUCUGAAAUUGGCAUUGCCAUGGGUUCGGGUACUGCAGUGGCCAAGACUGCCUCUGAGAUGGUCCUGGCAGAUGACAACUUCUCCACCAUCGUGGCUGCUGUAGAGGAGGGUCGCGCCAUCUACAACAACAUGAAGCAGUUCAUCCGCUACCUCAUCUCCUCCAACGUUGGGGAAGUGGUCUGUAUUUUCCUGACUGCGGCCCUUGGGUUUCCCGAGGCUUUGAUUCCUGUCCAGCUCCUCUGGGUCAAUCUGGUGACAGAUGGUCUGCCUGCCACUGCGCUGGGGUUCAACCCUCCAGACCUAGACAUCAUGAACAAGCCACCCCGGAACCCAAAAGAACCGUUGAUCAGUGGGUGGCUCUUUUUCCGUUACCUGGCUAUUGGCUGUUAUGUAGGCGCUGCAACUGUAGGUGCUGCUGCAUGGUGGUUCAUCGCCGCUGAUGGUGGUCCAAGAGUGUCCUUCUACCAGCUGAGUCAUUUUCUACAGUGUAAAGAGGACAACCCAGACUUCGAUGGAGUGGAUUGUGCAAUCUUUGAGUCCCCAUACCCAAUGACAAUGGCACUUUCUGUUCUAGUAACCAUAGAGAUGUGUAAUGCCCUCAACAGCUUGUCUGAAAACCAGUCCUUGCUGAGGAUGCCCCCCUGGGAGAACAUUUGGCUCGUGGGCUCCAUCUGCUUGUCCAUGUCACUUCACUUCCUGAUCCUCUACGUGGAGCCUUUGCCACUCAUCUUCCAGAUCACACCGCUGAACCUGACCCAGUGGCUGAUGGUGCUGAAAAUCUCCUUGCCUGUGAUCCUCAUGGACGAGACUCUCAAGUUUGUGGCCCGAAACUACCUGGAACCCGGUAAAGAGUGUGUGCAGCCUGCCACCAAAUCCUCCUGCUCGCUGUCGGCAUGCACCGAUGGCAUUUCGUGGCCGUUUGUGCUGCUCAUUAUGCCCCUGGUGGUCUGGGUCUACAGCACAGACACUAACUUUAGUGAUAUGUUCUGGUCUUGACUGACAGCGCUACAUACAGAAGAUGUUUAACUUAAUCAAUUAAUUUUUUUUUAUUGUUUAAAGCAACUGUCUAUUUCUGCUGAAUUUUCACAUGAACAUAUUGGCUGGUGAAGGAGGUUUCAUAUUCUAGAUUUUGUUUUGCUUUUUCUGACUCCAGUGGGACAAGAUUUUCCUUUUUUUAUACACAUAAUUAAAGUGUCCAUUGACAUGUACAGAGAACUAACACUAUUUUAUGCAGAUAUUUUUUUGUAGAUGAAAAAGCAUGUACAGUGUUGUGUUUAAUACUCAUACUUGUACAAAGACAGUUGAGCCAGCAGACAUUGUCAGCAAAUUAAUUGGCAGCAGACUCUAGGAAAUGAAUGUGUGUGGUUUUUAAAAGAAAAAAAAAACUAAAUAGCAUGUAUUGUGUCUUUUGCAUGAUUCUCUGGAUUUAAUUUGAUAUCACAGUCUAAUUUUUAUUCAUAAGCCAAUUUUUCUGCACUGAGCAGAGUCCUGCUACCUCAGUCAGUAUUUUUGGUUUGCCACUUCCUGCACCCUCAGCCUCUGUCACCCCCAGCCCACCCCAGCCCGCUCGGCUUCUUCUGUAGGUCUGAUGGUUCUGUUUACAUCCGUCUUCACGAGAGGUUUGCCUGUUCUCGCUUGUGCAGAAAACAUUGCUCCAGAUUCAAUCGACUGGGUUUCUGUCCUUUUGCCUAGUUUUUAAGGUUAUUUAUUUAAAUGUCUAAUGUAUUUUAUUGUAACAGACAUUGUUUUUGCCAACAUUGCCUAUUCAGUGGCACUUCACAAUCUAGUUUAAAAGAAAAAUAAAACAUUUUAAAUGGACAGAGAAAAAUAACUGUCUUGUUCUUAAUGGCCUGCCUUGAACUAUCUAUAAUCAGUUCAAAUUUCUCAGCUUAGAGCCUUAGUUUUCCUGUUCCUGAGGGGAAGGAUCCUGUUCUGCUGCAUAGUAGGAUUUUAUUUAUAAUGUAUAGGCACGAUCUGUCAUGUGAUAUACAUUUAUGCAAGUUUCUGCUGGCCUGUUGUAUGUAGCCUGGUGUAAGGGCAAGUGUGUGUGUGUGUGUGUGUGUGUGUGUGUAUGUUUUGUAAAAAUCUGUAAAUAGCACAUGACCAAAUGAACAUAUUGUAUAGAACUAUUUUUAUUUGAAUGUGGCACUAACCACCACCACGACUCUGAUGAACGUUUGCGCAUGUUCAAGGUCAGUCUUAACGGCAGUGUGAGUCAUUAACAGUCCUAACUGUGGUGUUUUCCUCCAAUGCCUUCCAACAUCCAUCAACUAACGUGAGUAUCUUCUCUAUGGGAUUGGGGUGCUGUGGCCUGUGUACAGGUGAUGCCACUGAAUGAGAUGGCCCCUGUUGCUAGUGGGCUGCAUGGCUCCUGUGCCCACCAGGCAGCCACUUCGUAAGGAAAUAGGGAUGCUAGCUGCUCACUACACAGACUCCAGCAUAAACACUACCCAGGACAAUGAUUUUUGUGAGUUGUGGGUAAGAGGCUCUUGUGACUGGGCUGACCUCAAGCUGAAGGAGCUGUGCCACCUCUAGUGCCAAACAGACCUUACACAAAAAUGUCCCAAAGCUUUGGAUUUUCACUGGUUGCAGAUAGAUAACUGAUUAUAUAGGAAAUUUUGUCACCUUUAUAGGAUAUGUCUUAGUGAGAGUGGCCAUUAAAACAGCCUCCUGGUAUGAACUAGCUCUUAGUUGCACGUGGCAGAGAGGCAAGCAAGAGAAAGUGCCUGGCUCUAAAGGAACACAGCAACUGACCCUUGAGUUCAAGUGAUACCUCUGGGUGCUGCAGGAAGUAAUGAUUCUCAGGAAAAAGGCAACUUUUUUUUUUUUUUUUGCCAUUUUUGGAUGUCAUAAGUGUUAUAAUGAUUGAGUGGAUCAAACACAGAAGUGCAGCUGAGCAGGACAGAUGGUUAGAGCCCUGAGAGACCGAGUCAGUCAGCUCAUCCUCCCGUGGUUCCUUGGAUCCUCGGUUAGAUGACGUCUACAAAUAUGUUCGCGUCCUUGAUGGUACUGUGGGUCCUUAACAUCCACAGAGACUAUUUGGGCAACCAGUUCAUCACUAACAGAUGAACAGUUUAGAUCACUGCUGCCCUGAGUCAGGAAUACUUGGUACCAGGGCCAACAGCAUAGUCCCAGCCCACAGACAGCCUUACUCUCAGCCAGCACCUUCAAGAAGGGACAGCAGUACGUGGAUGGGCAAUGCUGCCCUCAACCCAACAGAACAGUCUAGCAUGGAACUCAGCUUUGAGGUUUUCUUGAGUAACCUCUUGGUACAGCUGUAUCAAAGGUUCAGCCCUGCAGCCCACUCAGCAAAAUGCAGGUGAUGCAUUCCCCAGAAGCUAGGGCGCUGCCAGGGCUGGGGAAGGCCCGCCACCUCACAGCAACUGUACCAUAGAUAGAUAGCAUCCUUAAACUCGGGUCUCAGCCCACAGUGUCACAGACCUCAGGAACAUCUAAGACCAGCACUGGCUCAGUGCCUACAGUGCCCAUAAGCCAAGAGGCAGAGGCAUGGUUGCCCUUUGCCAUGCAUGAGCUCCCAAAAUUCCUCAAGAGCAACCUUUGCAGUUGAAAAAGCCUUCCAACCUUUCAACUGAGCCUGCAGCCCAGGACUGCUGUCCUGGAGAACAGGGAGGGAGCAGGAAGGCCUUCCCCCACCUGGUGCCAUGCACUCACUCUGCUCCACCUGCCUCACUCUGCAUGGCUACUGAGAUCUCCGCUCCCACUGCCCUCAUACCUGACACGCCUUACAGUUUCUGCCUUGUGGGGCUUUGUUAGGAGCUGGCGGCAGCAGGAAGCACAAGGGCAGUCACCAAGCCACUGCUAGAUAUGGCGGGCAGCACCUCAGGACACUUAGUUAGAAAUGCUGGUCUUGCAUCUAGACCAAAUGCAGUGUUCUUUCUGUCUGUCCCUGUUGGUGUGUCUUGGGAAGUUGUUCUAACAUUGCUCUAUAUUUUAAGAAGCUGAUUUCCUCUCUCUUUCCUUUUCAGCAAUACUGGAGUAACCGCUUCCUAAACCAUUUGCAGAAAUGUAAGGGUGUUCGGGUGCGUGCAUGUGCGUUGUUAGCAACACAUCUACCAGCCCUCUGCAUGACUGAUGUUGGGGAAAAGAAAACUAGAAACAGUUCCCAACUCACUGUGUGAUGUGGAGGAAAUGUGUAUUACCAGUGGGGUUUUAGCUGUUUAAUCAAAAUAAUAACGUGUACAAUUUAGCAUAAAGAAUCAGAGAGCCUCUCCAGAGAAGUUUGGUUUCUUUGCUGAAAGAAGAAUGAGGUUCUGAAACCUUAUCCAAGAAUAGAAGCCAUCAGCCAAGUCUCCAUAUUUCUCUACAGAAUGUCAUAGCCUCUAUAGCUGUAUGAUAAUUGUAAUGCAUGCCUUCAGUUGUAAGCAGCCAGAUUGCUCUACAGUGACAUUGAAACAUGCUUUCUAAUUGGCCCUGUACAGUUUGCUUAUUUAUAAAUUCAAUUAAAACACUACCGCUGUUGAAUGGUUACAAACAUAGGCCUCCGGUCCUAACUUCAGUUGUUUUUUGGGUGUGCAGCCAGCUGUUUCACACUGUAUUAAUGUAAUUUAUUUAAUGAACUCAGAAGCAGUAGACAGAUGUUGGUGCGAUACAAGUAUUGUGUGCAUUUAUUGUAAUAAAGUGCUCAGCGUCAGCUCACAGCUUCUCACGGCGCAUGUUUGACUGUAGACUGGAAAUAGAGUUCAGUUUCUCUCUGUGCUAGUAACAGACAUGAUUUCAGGUAAAUAAAUCUAUUCUACGAUAAACCCUCA